GUCAUCAUCCUGCGACACAGACACUGUUGGUCCAUGUGAGUGUCGUCUAUCUGGCGUUGACAGUGUGAAAAGGUACAGUGAGAUGAGGAGCCAUUGUUUUAGAAAGCAAUAGUUUGAGUACUCAUGUCCACUCGGUUGUUGGUACGCUGCAUUCGUCUCCUGGGGUCCCACUCCCCGGGGGUGUCUGCCCUCCCUGCUGCCUUCAGGCUCCCCCUUACCACGAAUGCCCCUCCUCUGGGUGCCCUGACACUGCGGCUGCACACUUCCACCAGUGGGGGGCGCGGCGAGGGGCAGAGGCUGUCCCAGACCCAAGCCCAAGCCCAAGACGAUGGGGUCCUGCGACAACCAGAGCGCACAGAGCUGGAUGAUCUGAUUGAGGGAGCUGGCAGUGCCGUGGAGGUGCUGCAGGUGUGGGCAGAGCGGGGAGGCACUGGGAACCAGGCCGCCACAGUCCUGAUACGGCUUGCCCGGCUCUCCACCACCCCCGAGGGCAAGCACAACACCGCAGAGAUACUGCAGGACCGUAGGUUCCAGCAGCUGCUGAAGGAAGUCGACACACAGAUCUCCUUGGUGUGGAACGGCACUCUGGUGAAUCUGCUGAGGAGUCUGCCCCAGCUGGGGGUGUCCUCGGGGGAGCCGGCCCUGCGCUCGGUCCAGAAUGAGGCUCACUGGAGGCUGCGGCGGCUCAGCUGCCGGAACCUGGUCUCUCUGGCGGACUCCUGUGCCGGUCAGGCCCACGACGACCAGCAGAGGGCGCUGCUGAGCGACGUGGUGAAGCAGCUGGAACUGCGCUGGACUGAGAUCAGCGAGCCCCGCAACGUGGCUAUGCUCAUGGGCAAGCUGGGGCACCUGUCUGAGACACUCAUGGACCGUCUGGAAGACAAGGCUCUGGAGCUGGCGGAGCGGUUCUCUCCAGAGGAUACUCGGCGGGUGGCCCUGGCCCUGGCUGCUCGGAGCCGGCGCUCGGUGCCCCUGCUGCGGGCGCUCUCCUACCACCUGGUGCAGAAGCACGGGAUAGAGCUGCGGAGCGGGCUGCUGGUCGACCUCGCCUUUGCGUACGGCAAGCUGAAUUUCCACCAGACCCAGGUGUUUCAACGCAUUGCCUCAGACCUGCUCCCCCGCGUGCCUGAGCUCGGUGCCAAUGACAUCACACGCUGCGCCAAGUCCUUCGCCUACCUCAAGUGGCUCAACCUGCCACUGUUUGAGGCCUUCACCCAGCAUUUCCUGCUGCACAGUGAGAAAUACAACACCCCUCAGCUGUGCAACCUGGUCCUUUCCUUCGCUCGCCUCAACUACCAGCCCAGCAACGGGGAUGCCUUCUACAGCAAGGUCCAUGAGAAGCUGGACAGUGCUCUGGGGCAGCUGGAGCCCUUCCUGCAGACAGACGUGGUGUGGUCCCUGUGUGUCCUGCAGCAGGCCAGGCCCUCCUACCUGCAGAGCGUGUUGGAGCCAGACUUCCACAAGAAGCUGACAGGCGCAGGUGGCUCCUCAUCACGUGAUGAGAACUACAUGCUGAAGCAGCUCCACAUAAACACCACAGCGGCGCUGGAGUGCCCCGCGUACAGGGUUCCGGCCCUGCCUAAAGAGGCCUUUGUGUACCCCGGGGAGAGGAAGGCCUCGGCGCUGCAGAGCGGACUGAGGGAUGCGCUGAGGGCGCUGGUGGGCGAGCAGCAGGACUUGUACCGCACAGCUCUCAGCACAGUGUAUGGCUGGACCAUCGAUGGUGAGUUGGUUCUGAACUCGGAGAGCAAACCUGUCCCACUGAAGGAUUUGGCUGCUCCACACCUCCCACAGGCAGGGGGCACCACACCACUGCCCCCAGGGGCCAAGAGGAUAGCCUUCCUGGCCUGUGAGUUCCCACAUUAUAUCUCCAGAAGCAAGGACCUCCUGGGACGGUUUGUGAUGCAGAGGCGUCACUUACAGCUGGCCGGCUUUCUCACUGUGGAUGUACCGUACUAUGAGUGGCUGGAGCUGAAAUCUGAUUGGCAGAAGGUGGCAUAUCUAAAGGACAAGAUGGGGAAAGCAGUAGCUGAGGACAUGGCAAAAUAAAUAAAAAAUAUCUGUGUACUGAAACAUUAUAACAAAAAAACCCAAUCAUUAAAAAAAGGAACUGUAUUUUUAUAUUCCAGUUUCACAAUUCCUGUAAGGUUUCCAAGUAACCCUGAAUCCCAUUGUUAAGGUUCCACUAUCCACCCCUGUCACCCAGACAACCACCUGAUUUCCGUGUUACCUUGGUAACUGGUGAAACGUGGAAUAAAUUAUUGUGAAGACUGUUUGUUUUGGGUGAGAAAGUCCAGAAGCUUCAGAUGGGGGUGGUAAUGGUGUUAUGAAUUUAGUGGCUGUUUGUUACAUUUACAGGGAGAAUACACCAUAAAAGUAAAUGGACUCCUGUACUUAUUCCACGAAUUAGGAUCAGUGAAUGGCACACGAGCCCCAAAGAGAUGAGUUGUUUUUUUUACAGUCUCCCUCCUGAGUGAAAUAACCACAGCCUGCCAUGGAAGUCCAUAGAACAUUCUUUUUAUAAGUUAAAUGUAAGGAGAAGACAGAAUGUUCAAACAUGAAUUCCUACUUGUGAUCAGUGCGGUGCCAUGCGCUAUCCAAUCGGCAUGCACAACAUGGAUGGUUCAGCAAUCUCCGCCCUUUUCCCCCAUAUGGCCGACUUCAGGUUCCGUCGUACCAUUGAGUCGGCCCAUGCAUUUGAAGACGCACAACAAACCUUACUUGGUGACCUUCCUGGUCGGGAGGUAAAUUUGCAGCUCAUAUUCCUUCUCUCCCAUUCACAAUGAUGUACUGGCUGAAUUAAAUAUCUUAUUAAA